UUCUUCGCCUAAGUACUGGCGGAUCUCACUCAAAACUCGCUGCACAGCGCUGAGCAACGAAGCAGACGGCGGAAUGAGCGCACGCCAGGGACAGACAGCAGCGGUAAUGAGGAUGCAACUUGGUCUGCCCGGAGCAACAUGGAUCCUCAUCCUGGCCGUGGCGGCGAUCGCUGCGUCCUCCCCAGCUCGCUCGAGGCCAAAGCGGGACGUCUACUACGACUCCUCCCUUGACGCCGGCGAGGAAUACCUGCUCGGCCUACUCCGUAACCGCCUCAGCCACCCCGCCGUGCUCGAGCAACAGAAGCGGGCCGGCGGCCUCCUGGACUUCGGCGUGUCGCGAGGCGCGUCCGGGGCCGAAGCGGCCAAAGCCCGCCUGGGACUCAAACUUGCCCACGACCCUUACGGACCGGGAAGGCGCUGAAGGAGGUCGGACCCCGCGAGCGCACAGAUCGGAAAAGAUGAACGCGACAAGGACCACCUCCCAGUUCCGGCGGCGACGUCAAUGCGACAACUGAUGCCCCGAAAUAGAUGCUUCGCUACGUAGGCUGAACCGCGCUUCUGUGCAGCUCUUGUCUGUGUGGGCUCACAAAUACUCAAAAAAAAAAAGCACCCGAAGACGGCAUUAUUAGGGGUGCAACGUCACGCCACAACUUAUUCGCAAAUCUUGUAAAAAUUGUACUCACUCGGGUCACUUUCCACACCUGACGCAGAGGCAGCAGCACUGAAGCAUCGACCGGAACUAUACUUCAAGCGUUCUGCAGGUUUUCCUUUUCACGCGAAGGUAGUGACUUCUAAAAAAAAAUGAUGUCACGAGAUGUUGCUUCUUUUACAUAUGCCCGGUGGUGCUCGUUUUUAAGUUCCGUUGUACAUACGCACGGCAAUAAAAACAGGUGGUCUCUUCUCAAACAGUGUAGCAUUAGUGACGUUUCUUAACGCUGACCUAUUGGGCCACCUUGGAUUUGUUUUCUGGGAGCUCAACCUCGCGACACGUA